ACACGAGACUCUCGCUUACCUUAAGCACAUCGGUGGGGUUGGCGAUGGAGGAGGAGAUAACGCCAGAGAGAACGCCACACAGGACGUUCGUCAACAAUGUCUCAUCUGUUAGGGAAGAGAGGCAGUCUUCAGAUAGCAGGCAGCCAACUUUUGGCUGUCAUGUUUAUGAGUAAAAAAAAUGACAAAAGUAGGCACGCGUCGGGGAGAGAGAGAGAGAGGCUUAACACGAUUGUUCAUACGAGUGUGUGCACGUCAGACGGAAAGUGGGCCUCACCCUCAGGCCUGUCAACCAGCAGUCUCUUGAAGCUCUGGUAUGUUCCAAUUUUGAUGGUCCCAUAAGAUGCCUGGCGCAGCACGGCGGGAGCGAUUCUGUAAAAGUCAAAUUCAUUUGUUUUAUCACCAAAAAGAUAGGAGGAAUGACAAUGACAUAUGCAUUUUCUAAUCAUAGGGUGGGUAAUACUAUUCAUUUUGGUAUUUAUGCAAUAUUAGGAGUAUUUAUGCCAUCAUUUCUUUAACACAUUCCACCAUUCUGGAAAUUCAAACUACCCUUUUUCAAAGUCCAAAAAAAUUCCAGAUUUUCCCGAAAUUCCCUAAUACCAUUUACUUUACAUUUCUCGCCUGAUUUAAAAAAUUCUAACACCAACCAAUUCAGCUUAUUUAGGACAUUGAUGCUCUUAAUCAUUUUUAACAAAAUAAAACUGUGGAAAGGCGAAACCAACGUGCCGACUGCAGAGCGGGACACGCUUUGGCCCGGCUCAAGAUGGCGGCCAGGAGGCGGAGAAUGCAUCGGAAUGCAGAGGCGGGGCGUGCCUGGAGCGACGCUGCGACAAUCAAAAUCAGGACUGCAGCAGAAGAAAAAUCCUGCUUUGGAGAGGCGAACCCGACGUGCCGACGGCAGAGCGGGACACGCUUUGGCCCGGCUCAAGAUGGCGGCCAGUAGGCGGAGAAUGCAGCGGAACGGAGAAGCGUGGCGUGCCUGGAGCGACGCUGCAACAAUCAAAAUCAGGUACGUGACAAAGCCACCGGCUCACAAUCUGGCUAUCUCCUCAGUGUAUAAAAGGGGAGAAGGAGGAAAGAUCAGGAGGAAGGGGUGGAGUGUCCGCAGGACUGCAGCAGAAGAAAAACAUGAACGAUCAGAGAAUGUCCGCAGAAGAAAAAUCCCGCUUUGGAGAGGCGAAACCGACGUGCCGACGGCAGAGCGGGACACGCUUUGGCCCGGCUCAAGAUGGCGGCCAGGAGGCGGAGAAUGCAGCGGAACGGAGAGGCGGGGCGUGCCCGGAGCGACGCUGCAACAAUCAAAAUUAGGUGCGUGACAAAUCCACUGGCUCACGAUCUGGCUAUCUCCUCUCAGUGUAUAAAAGGGGAGAAGGAGGAAAGAUCAGGAGGAAGAGGUGGAGUGCAGCAGAAGAAAAACACGAACGAUCAGAGAAUGAGCCCCAGUGGAAGACGACAUCACCGGCAGCUGAAAAGCCGGCCGAGACGAGCAGCGGAGGAGGAGGCGCUGAAAAGCGGCCCGAUCGACGAAAAAAUAAAACAGUCAAACUUGC